UUGUAUAAAAGGUCAUUAUUCUUCACUUUGUCAAAUCACAUCCUAAGGCACAUAAUAGGAUUUCCAAUGUCUUCUUCUCUGAUCUUAAAACUCAUCUUACUCAACCUUUUCUUCAGCCUACUCUCUUCUAACUCUGAUUUUGAUGAUGAUGGUAGAAAGAUUUAUAUUGUGUAUAUGGGGAGCAAGUUGGAGGAUCCUGAUUCUGCCCAUUUGCAUCAUAGGGCAAUGUUGGAAGAAGUCGUUGGCAGCCAUUUUCCUCCAGAAUCUUUGAUAUAUAUUUACAAGAGAAGUUUCAAUGGAUUUGCGGUGAAACUUACCGAAGAAGAAGCUCAAAAGAUUGCUACCAAAGAGGGUGUAGUGUCUGUGUUUCCAAGUGAAAAGAACCAACUUCACACGACGAGAUCAUGGGAUUUUCUAGGUUUUCCAUCAAAUGUUGCUCGCAUGAACAAGGUGGAAAGCAACAUAAUUGUUGGAGUUUUCGACACUGGAAUUUGGUCGGACCAUCCCAGUUUCAGUGACAAAGGCUAUGGUCCUCCUCCAGCCAAAUGGAAGGGCAUUUGUCAAACUGCUGCCAACUUUACUUGCAACAAAAAAAUCAUCGGAGCUCGAGUAUAUCGAAGCAACAAGACCCUUCCCCCAGGUGACAUUAGAAGUCCAAUUGAUACAGACGGUCAUGGAACACACACUGCGUCGACGGUGGCCGGUGGACUCAUGACCAAGGCGAGUAUGAAUGGUCUCGGGCUCGGGACAGCAAGAGGAGGGGUCCCCUCUGCACGCAUUGCUGUGUACAAAGUAUGUUGGUCAGAUGAGUGCGCCGACGCCGAUGUGCUUGCAGCAUUUGACGAUGCCAUUGCCGAUGGGGUCGAUAUUAUAUCCCUUUCAGUUGGCGGAAAGUUACCGAAGCCUUAUUUCCAGCAUACCAUUUCCAUUGGAGCUUUCCAUGCGUUAAAACGUGGAAUAUUGACCUCCAAUUCUGCCGGAAAUUCAGGUCCCGAUCCAUACACCACCGCAAGCUUGUCUCCAUGGCUUCUUUCUGUCGCUGCAAGUACCAUUGACAGAAAGUUUGUCACACAAGUGCAGCUUGGCAACAAAAAUAACUUCCAGGGGAUUUCAGUUAAUGCAUUUGAUGAUCUGAAAAAUCAAUAUCCCCUCAUUUAUGGUGGAGAUGUACCAAACAAAGGAUUCAAUAGCUCCAGCUCUAGAUUUUGCAAGGAGAACUCAGUAAAUCCCAGCUUGGUGAAGGGAAAAAUCCUUGUUUGUGAUGCCCAAUUGUCUUCCAAAAAAUUUGCUUCCAUGGGUAGCCCAGCCGGCGUCCUGAUGCAAGCUUAUAGAGAUUAUGCUGUGUCCUAUCCCUUGCCAGCUUCUACUCUCAAGUUAGAAGAUGGCAGCAAACUUAAAAGCUACAUGUCUUCAACUAAAACACCCACUGCUACCAUUUUCAAGAGUACGACCAUUCAAGAUGCUUCUGCUCCAUUUGUAGCUUCCUUCUCCUCUAGAGGACCCAAUGCUAUAACACAUGAUAUUCUCAAGCCAGAUGUGAGUGCGCCAGGAGCUGAAAUUCUGGCCGCAUGGCCUCUAAAUGCGCCAAUCACUGUGGCUCAAGAUUCAAGAAGACUGCUUUAUAAUAUAAUCUCGGGAACAUCAAUGGCUUGCCCACAUGUCACUGCAAUUGCUACAUACAUUAAAACCUUUAAUCCUACUUGGUCACCUGCGGCAAUAAAGUCGGCACUCAUGACAACUGCUUCUCCCAUGAACCCAAGUAUCAAUGAUGACGCAGAGUUUGCAUAUGGCUCAGGCCAAGUCAAUCCACUGAAAGCAGUAAAGCCAGGGCUAGUCUACGAUGCAAAUGAAAGUGACUACAUUGAAUUCUUGUGUGGCCAAGGUUACACAACCGCCAUGCUCCGGUAUAUCACCGGCGACAAUAGUACUUGUACUUCUUCUGGAUUAGUUUGGGAUUUAAACUAUCCUUCUUUCGCACUUUCCGUAACCCGUUCUCAAAGAUUCAUCAAUCAACACUUCACAAGAACUCUCACGAAUGUUGAAAAGGGAGGAUCUACUUAUAAAGCUACGGUUUCUUCCCCACAAGGCCUUCUUAUCUCAGUGAAUCCUUCUACUCUAUCUUUCAAAGCCACUGGAGAUAAGAAACCCUUUGCAUUAACAGUUCAAGGAACAGUUAGACAACCCAUAAUCUCUGGUUCAUUGACUUGGAGCGAUGGUCGACACAGCGUGAGGAGCCCUAUCAUAGUCUAUGUUCGGAGUUAGUUUUGUUUAGUUAAGUCUUACGUUUGAAUAAAGUGUAUAAUAAGAGAGAAUAAAAUUGUGUGGAAGUAUAUAUAUAGAACUUUAUAUGCUUCCGCUAAUGUUUCGUUUUGGCUUGUUUGUCACGAUCUAGUGAAGUGGCUGCGGCCGGCUUGUUAAUUAAGGUUGUCAACAAUCCUAGUAUUAAUCGAAAUAAUAUUAUGCUUAAAUUUGAACC